AUCUGAUAAUUUAAAGUUCUUGUUGUACCAAAUAACACGUCUGUCAUUAUUCCACAUUGAUAAUUGCGCCAUGGAGACAUCAGAGAAUUUCCUAACAACGUUGACAGUACUAUUGUGUUGUUGUGUAUUUACAUCAUCAUCACCAGUGGCGGGACAUCAUGAUAUAACAACAAUACCACAGACAACAAAACCGCCUGGAUGUUAUUAUCAUAAUAAAUAUUACCCACCAGGAUCUCAAAUAGAGAACGGAUAUGACCCUAGUUCCAACUGGUGCUACGGAACACACUGUGACAUGUACGGACAGAUACAGACCUGGGAUGAUUUCAACUGUAUGACGACACCGCCUACAACCGUACCUCCUACCACAAUACCGACCACCAUACGUCCAGGUUGUUAUUACAAUGGCCACUAUUAUCCUCCCGGUUCAACAAUCGAGAAGGGCUACGAUCCAUCAUCAAACUGGUGUUACUCUACAUAUUGCGACAGACAAGGGCAGAUUUUACAUGGUGAUAACUUUAAUUGUUAUACAACAACAACAACAACAACAACAACAAGUAUCACGCCCACACUUAAUCCCCAUGCCGUCGGCUAAUGAUUGUCUUAACAAUUACUAAUAAAUGUUAGAUUUCAAA